AUGACGCGCCUAAACCGCUCCAACGUCACCAUCAUCCACCCAGACCUGGGCAUCGGCGGCGCGGAGCGGCUCAUCAUCGACGUGGCCCUCGCCCUUCAAACCCGCGGCCACAAAGUCACGAUCUACACCUCGCACCGAGACCCGUCGCACUGCUUCGAGGAGGCGCGCGAUGGGACCCUCGACGUGCGCGUGCGCGGCAACACGCUCUUCCCCGCCCACGUCGCCGGCCGCCUGCAUGUGCUCAUGGCCGUGCUGCGCCAGCUGCACCUGACCGCGGCGGUGUUGAAGGAACUAGCUGCGGCACACGCACACACCGAGAAGAGCAGCCCGUCUACGACGCCCGCCGAUGAUAUCUUUAUCGUGGACCAGGUCCCUGCCUGUGUACCGGUUCUGAAAACGUUGGGCCGUCGCGCGGCGCGCUCGCGGCAGCGGAUAUUGUUCUACUGCCACUUUCCGGAUCAGCUGCUUGCGCGCCGCGACGAGGGGUCCUCGAUGCUGCGGGCUGUGAAGAACUUGUAUCGGUAUCCGUUUGACUGGUUUGAGGGGUGGGCGAUGAGUGCGUCGGAUAAGGUGGUUGCCAAUUCUAAUUUCACGCGUGGGGUCGUGAGUGAGGUCUUUGGAUCGCAGAAACUGGGGGAUGUUCGGGUUGUGUAUCCGUGUGUUGAUACGAAGAUCGAUGCCCCCGAGAGCGAUGCGGGUCUGUUAUGGGGCGGGAAGAAGAUCCUGCUGAGUGUCAAUCGGUUUGAGAGGAAGAAGGAUCUUGCGCUGGCGAUCCGGGCGUAUCAUGGACUUGGGGAGGAGAAGAGGAAGGGGACUCGGUUGGUAGUUGCUGGCGGCUACGACAACCGGGUCCAGGAGAAUGUUCAAUACCACCGGGAACUAGACGAGCUUGCUACGAGUUUGGGUUUGCAGACGGCCACCUCCAAGACCGUCAUUUCUGCCCUGUCGAUUCCGGAUUCCAUCGACGUUCUCUUCUUGCUCUCCGUGCCGACCGCUUUCCGGGAUACGCUUCUUUCGCAGGCGAAGUUGCUCCUCUAUACCCCCGUCAACGAGCACUUUGGCAUAGUGCCUGUCGAGGCCAUGCGUGCUGGGAUCCCGGUGCUAGCGUCUAAUACAGGUGGUCCGCUGGAGACAAUCGUGGAGGGUGAAACGGGCUGGCUGCGCGACGCAACAGUUGUCGCGGAUUGGACUGCGGUUAUGGAUCGUGUGCUGUACAAGACGGAUCGGAAGGAGCUCGAUCGAAUGUCUGCUGCAAGCAGAGCGAGAGUCGAGAACAAAUUCUCUCUGACUGCUAUGGGAGACAGACUGGAAGAGGAGAUCUCAGACAUGCUCAGCAAGCAGAGACGACCGUUUAAUGGGUUACAUCAGGUCCUCUUCGCCUUUGCCGUGCUCAGCAUUGUUUUGUCUAUUUUUGCUGGUUUGGUUUUCAAGGCUCUUUAG